GGGGCGUGGCCGGGGGCGGUGGGCGGAGCUGGGGGCGUGGCCGGGGGGCGGUGGGCGUGGCCAGGCAGCGAUGGCGGCGCUGCGCGUGCUGGUGGGGGUGAAACGGGUCAUCGACUACGCGGUCAAGGUGCGGGUGGCGGGCGGCGGGGUGCAGACGCAGGGGGUGAAGCACUCCCUGAACCCCUUCUGCGAGAUCGCGCUGGAGGAGGGGGUGCGCCUGCGCGAGCGGGGCGCCGCCAGUGACGUCAUCGCCGUCAGCGUGGGCACGCGCGUCUGCCAGGAGACGCUGCGCACGGCGCUGGCCGUCGGGGCCGACCGGGGGGUGCUGCUGGAGGUGGGGGAGGGGGCGGCCGUGGGGCCGCGGGAGGCGGCGGCGGCUCUGGCCGGGCUGGUGGGGAGGCUGCAGCCCCACCUCGUGCUGCUGGGCAAGCAGGCCAUCGACGACGACUGUAACCAGACGGGGCAGCUCUUGGCCGCCAUGUUGGAUUGGCCCCAGGGGACCUUCGCCUCGCGGGUGGAGCUGGAGGAGGGGGCCGUGCGGGUGGAGCGGGAGGUGGACGGGGGCCUGGAGACGCUGCGCCUGCGGCUGCCGGCGGUGCUGACGGCCGACCUGCGCCUUAACGAACCUCGUUACGCCACCCUGCCCAACAUCAUGAAAGCCAAGAAGAAGCCCCUGGAGAUCAUCCCGGCCUCGGCCCUGGGGGUGCCCCUGCCCCUCCCCCGCCUGCGGGUGCUGAAGCUGGAGGAGCCCCCGGCGCGGGGGGGGGGGCAGCGGGUGCAGGGCGUCCCCGAACUCCUGGAGCGGCUGCGCAGCGAUGGGCGGGUCUAGAGGGGGGGGUGGGGCUGUGACGUCAUGCACGCCCCUCCCCCAUUUACCCUCC